ACUGUGUCUUGCUAAUCGUUACCAGUUAUAAUCUGAAUAAUGAAUGACUGUAGAGUGUAACUCUGAUUAGUGCAAACAGAUAUUAUUCCGGGUCAACAUAACGCGACCGCUUCCGGAUAAAAAUUACUAUAAUUGACGUCUUGCAUUUGAAACUCAUGGAAUUUUGUGGGAUUGAAUGAAAAAAGUGGGCUCGGGUAUAAGGUUUUGCCUUUUAGUUAUUUUAAGUGUCUUCAAAUGUCUGAGAGUAAAAGGAACUAUGGCUAUACUUGAAUGAAAGGCGUGAAUGUAUCUUCCACUCGGAUGUUUGUGAGCAGUACCCAUUGUAAGGUGAUUUUCCAAAGCAGCUGUCGCCGCAAAAGCAACGCGCGUGCAUUUUUGCAAGGAUAACUAGUUCAACACGUGUUGGCUUUUUUUUAACAGCGAGAACAGAAAAAAACAAUAUUAUUAUCCUUGGAAUAUAGAUUUCUGAUUUGAUAUAUUAUAAUAAUGGACUAUACCUGAAGGAUUUAGUAUGUUUCUGGUGUGGGUGACGUUUGAUUCAGACAAGGGUCAAAAGGAUGGACAGUAUUAUUGGGUCGGUUGGUCGAGUAGCCAAUGUCAAGGUUCGGAAUGACGACGAUCUGGUAGACCGCCUCAAUCAUUUCUACACCACCGGCAUUCUCAUCAUAUUCACCGUGGUGGUCAGUGCCCGCCAGUACGUCGGUGAUCCCAUCCGGUGCUGGUGCCCGGCGGAAUUCCCGGGUACACACGUGGACUACACGAACAAUAUAUGUUGGAUCUCUAACACUUAUUACAUACCAUUAGACGAGAUGGUGCCGCCACAACAUCAAAUACAUUUGCGAAGAGAAAAAGAGUUGAACUACUAUCAAUGGGUUCCGGUUAUGUUACUUGUGCAGGCACUCAUGUUUUAUAUUCCCUGUAUUAUUUGGCGGAUUUUAAAUGGCCAGUCGGGAAUAAAUGUGGACAGAAUCGUCAGUCUUGGUAGCAAUGCCCAGUUUGAAAGUCCGGAGAAUCGAGCUCGGACUAUAAAAUAUCUUGUGAGACACGUUGAUAGAUGUCUUUCAAAUCAACGAGAUACACGAGGAACCUGUUGCGUGCAACUACGACAUAUUUUGUCCACAAAACUAUCUAUACUGUGUGGUCGACGCUAUGGAAACUUUCUCAUGGCAACAUAUUUCCUCAUGAAAGUUUUGUAUAUUGCUAAUGCCAUUGGGCAGUUGUUCUUGCUCAAUGAGUUCUUAGGAACAGAUUACAAUGUCUAUGGAUUCCAAGUUUUAGACGAAUUAGUUAAUGGAAAAGAGUGGUCUGGUUCUCACCGAUUUCCAAGAGUGACUCUCUGUGAUUUCCAGAUUCGCCAAGUGACCAAUUUACAACAGUAUACGGUGCAGUGUGUUCUGCCAAUUAAUCUCUUUAACGAAAAAAUAUACAUUUUUAUGUGGUUUUGGCUUGUUUUUGUAUGCAUAUUUUCUUGCUACAGUUUAACUAAUUGGAUGUGGCACAUGGUUGUUCCAGCGACGAGAAUUCAUUAUGUGCGAAAAUUUUUGAAGUUGAUGGAACGGUUAGGUACUGGACCGGACCGAAAACUCGCGACACGGUUUGUACUGGAUUAUUUGCGACAUGAUGGAGUGUUCACGCUAAAAUUAAUCGGAAAGAAUUCAAGUGACAUAGUGGUGGCGGAAAUCAUUGCAGAGUUAUGGGACAUGUAUCGCAGCAAAAAAUGCAUCCAAAUAAGGACUAAUAACCAAAAUUCUGGCCACGAAACGGAAGAGGCGGAUGUAUGACUAAGCAACGGUAGGAUACCACGUGGUUUAAAUGAACAGUUGGAAGAAAAGGAAACGGAAGAUGACGUCACCCAAGUGUAAAAGGAGUUCUUGUGGGAAUAGAGUAGUUAUGGUUAGAUCGACCUUAAUCGCAUUCGGGCGUCAACGACUCGUCCUGACGAUGUAAAUGAACUUUUGCAACAACUAAACCAGCAUUUCUAGUCCUUCGAUUGCAUUGAUACAAUAAUUCCCUGUUUACACACAAGAGAUAACAAAAGACAAAAAUAUAGAAACAUGUAGUAGAAGAAAUGAAAUGUUUAAAAGAUCUAAGGAUAUGGGGAGGAGAAUUUUUAAAAUACGAGAAAAUGCUCAAAAUCUAAAAUAUCAUUCGAAAAUGUUCAAUGAAAAUUUUAUAAAUUCAUAAGAAUUCAAAGCUUUUUUUAGACGUCCACGAUCGACAUUUGCACAAUGUCUUCCUUAAGCACACAGUUGAAGAUCUACACCUUCUAUGCAUUUGUCGCGUUGCCUUCACUAAAUAAAGUAGCUCAGGAAGACCCGGACGAAAUCUUUGCAAAGAAUCUCCUUCUAAACAAACAUGGUGACUACAGAGCACAGAUCAUUCCAAUGUAGGAGAAAGGUUUAGUGUAAAAUUAACAAAAAUAAAGACAUGAAUUUCAUAUGGGAGGCGUGCCAAAAUCUUCAUUAAGGCCUUAAACUGUAAACUGAUUCAUAUGCAAUCAAAUUAUUUGCACAGACGUGAAAAAAAUCUCCUAGGAGGUUCCUGUACAUGUUUGAAAUCCACCACGUGACCAUAAAAAGCACAACAUCCAAAGUUUGAACCAAAUAUGACAAAACUCUAAAGGUGCUAUUACAUUGCUUUUUGCCAUUUUUCAUCAAGUGUUUAAGAGGUGUUCGUAAUAUUUUUCAUUCUUUUAAUGAAAGCAAAGCUUUUUGUCAGUCAUGUUUCAUUUUCCUCCAUACAUUUUCGCCUGAGUCAUGCAAGAGAGAUAAAGCCCUAUAUUGACUCAUAGUAUGUUCGUAAUUUUUAUUUCCGAGAUGUUGACUUUUGUAUUAUAAGACAGAUUUUUAUCAGAACUAGUUUUCACAGUGUAAUUUUUUCAAUUGAUUUUUAAAACUAAUGAUCUUUUAUGUGAUAUGAAUUCGUUUAUAAUAUCAAAGAUCUCCAAUGGUUUGCUACCUGUAUUUUUGUUUCCAUUUUGAAGAGAAGUAUUGUCGAAAGAGAGCAUCAAAAGCCUGAUGUAGUAUGUAAAAAUUAACAUUUCAAUGUCUUGACAAAUCAAGUCUCUGUCGUUAAUUACAAAAUAAUAUUUUCCACUGUAUUUUGAAAUUUUCAAAGAUUAUGAUAAGCCCUUCAGCAUAAGGUAAAACAAAAUAAGUUAUACAUGUAGUUAUGUAAUCUUUGGAGUUUCUUACCGUUAUCUGAUGCCUUUAGUUUUAGAGAAUAUGAUCGCCUUGUUUAUUACAAGAAUUUUUUCUUAUUACAUGUUUUUUGAAAUUUUUGUCCUUUAUUGUGGCACUGGAUACAAUUUGAAGAAAUCUCUUUCAUCGAUAGUACAUGAGUAUGACAGUCUGACAAAAAACUUAAAUUUUGAUGAAUGGUGUUAUAGGGAUAGAUCUGUUAUGUUAUAGAGAAAACUAUUAUCUAACAUGUCUAAAACAGUAGAGUUUUAGGAGUUCUUGGUUACAGACAUGUAUUUUAAACCGCCCUUUUUCAUUUUCUGCAUUCAGUCUCAUUUCCUUUUUAACCCUAAUGAUUGUAAUUUCCUCUAAGAAAAAUAAUUCAAAGGAUUUAUUUGGUCGUUUGAAAAUUGGGAAAUAAAUGUUUGAUCCCUGAACACAGUGAAAAAUUAAACUAUAAUGGGAAAUUUAAAAACUGUUACUCUUUUCCAAACUGACAUAUUAAAAAUUGAAGGUGAAUGAAGUCAAGUCACAAUAUGUAAAUAAUCUUCUGUGAUGAAUAGUAUUUUUGAAUGUGAUAUUGAUCCUUUCAUGUUUGGCUACAAUUAACAUAACGUUAUGUGUGUAGUUGUUAUUUUACACAAAAUUUUGAAGUAGAUUGUAAAUUAGCUGUAACAGCUUUCACGUCUGGUAACAGAAAAUUUAUCAUCUUAGAAUAAAUAAAUGUAUGGUAUUGCUCUUAUUCAAAUCUAAUUAGAUCUGGACAAAUGUUCAUCUGAAUCCAUUAUACGGCCUUUCUCUAUUCGAUGACUUGCUAUAUUAUCGUUGUUGUAUUUUAUGUCACUUAAAGGUUCACUAUUAUUUGUAAUAACAAAGACAACAGAUGCUGCAUGUGUAGUGUCACGUUGUCUGUAGUACUGUUUGUUGAAAUCACAUUGAAACUUCUUUCCAAAUAAUUACGAAGUAAAUAUUUCACUUUACACUGUGUAUAAACAAAAGAAAGUAUUAAUUUUUCAUUACAAGAAAUACAAAUUAUAUAAAUGCAGGAAGACGUUAAUUAAAUCUCUCAUUAAUUAUAUUUGUGCAAAUAAUUAACCCAUGUCCGGUGAUAUAGAACUCUGAGGAACAACUACAUCUUAAUCAUACUGAUCACACAAUUUAAUAAAUUAUUCAUCUGAUAAUUGUU